AUGGAGCGACAUUUUGUGGCUACCAAACCGGAGAAUUCGAACAUUCCUCGAUUCGUUCGUGUUGGCCCCAGUCGACCGACCGGUUCCACCCUAACUGACACCACGGGUGCAGCACCCGCGUUCAGCAAAAGUCCCGUCAGGACGAAGCCAUUCAAACCAUCGACGUUUUCCAUUCAAGUGUAUAGUGAACCAUUUGGGGAUGAACACAAAGCGGACGGUAGCACACACAGUUCCCCGGCUAAAGACAAUCGGGGUAAAUCGCCAUCAAAGAAGCAUGAAUCAGCACUCACGACCACAACACAAACAACAACAAAGGAGAUUGUUCUGCAACCAACGAAAAUUAUUUUGUCUGAACAAGAACCGGAAAAUAUCGGUUGCAUGUGUUGUGCACGUCGUCAAAACGACCGUGUAUCGACGAAUGUGAAAACGACAUCCACGUUGUUGCAAAGCAGCGUUCAAACCACAAAUGGAUCUCACAGUAACAGUGCAUCACCAUCAAAUGCAAAACGUCGAACAAAAUCGAACAGCAAAAAAUGCAGUAAAGCAAUCAGUUAUUUCAAAAGUUUUGUAUCAUUCCUAUUCUCACACAUCGGUUUGUGUCUGUUGGUUGCCGGUUAUUCUGCCGGUGGUGCGUUUCUCUUUCAACAAAUUGAGCGCGAUUUUCACAACGNACCGAACUGA